AUGGAGCUGUACAAGCUAUCUGGAAGAGCGAGCGGAGGCGUCUGCCUCAAGUGUCGGCACUAUACAGCUGGUCGGCACUGCCACUACUGCCGGGAGGGGUACUACCGGGAUCCUACCAAGCCCAUCACUCACAAGAAAGCCUGCAAACCUUGCGACUGCCAUCCAGUAGGAGCCAGCGGCAAGACCUGCAACCAAACCAGUGGACAGUGUCCAUGUAAGGAUGGCGUUACGGGGACCACCUGCAACCGCUGCGCCAAGGGGUACCAGCAGUCGAGAAGUCACAUCGCUCCAUGUAUACGUAUACCACGAGUCGUCACGGCAGUACAGGCCAUGGAAGCAGUUGACGCUGAGCCGGGACGCGCGGAGCAGUGCGGCCGGUGUCGCGCAGGCGCGAGAACUCUAAACCUCAACAAGUUUUGCAGCCGAGACUACGUCAUAAUGGGUCGAGUGGUCGGGCGAGAAACAGCGGGAGGAGACGGAUGGGCUCGACUCGCGCUGAGCGUACAGGCCGUGUACAAGCGCGGGCCGCGGAGCCGUCUGCGCAGAGGCCAGACCGCCCUCUACGUACGCGCCAUAGACCUCGCCUGCAAGUGCCCCAAGAUCAAGAUUAACAAGUCCUACUUAAUCCUAGGAGUGGAAAAAGAGGGCUCAUCUUCUGGUUUCCCGGGCUUAACGGUAGGAGAGAGGACAUUGCUUCUAGAGUGGCGGGACGACUGGCACAGGCGCAUACGACGUCUUCAGCGACGCGCCAUCAACUGUCAUUAG